AUGCAUUAUCACGAAGCAAGUGGAAAGCACGGAAACACAGGAUUCAAUGCACAGAUUGCAAAGGCAGGAGAUUGGUUGAGGCAAGCUUGGUUGAGCUCGCGGAACCGGACGAGUGGACCAGGGAAGGUGCAGCAGAGAAAUGCAGGAGGGAAAGAGGAACAUCACCGCGCGGGGUUGCUGUCUCUGUGGGCAGGGAAGAUACCAGGGAAUGGCAGCAUGGUGCUUUUUGAAAAAUUUUCCCAUUUUUGUCUCUUCGCCUUGGACGACGCCUGGACCGAAACUCGCCUCGUAUCUACGAAGGGAUGA